AUGUUUCGCCAAGAAGUCGGUGUGACGUCUUUUAUUCCAUCUUGUUCGUCUCUUUUCCAACACGAGAAGAGGAAUAUGUCCAGGUAUAACAUCUACAGCCUGCUGGACUGGGUCUACGGCGGCGUGGACCCAAAGUUUGAGGGCAACGGGGGGCCCGAGUGCGCCGCCUUCCUCGCGCCCCAGCAGCGGGUCAGUGAGAGUCUGGUCAUCGUCCUCAUCUCUCUGGUGGAGAUAUGCGUGGCUCUGAAGAAGAUCAACCUCUCCAAAGAGCUCAGGGUGGUGGGGAAAGACUGCUGCACACGGACAGUAAAGGAGGACAGUCUGGGCAAGAACCUGUUGCUUGUUGCCCUUUGUAUGACUUUUGGAGUGGAGGUCGGGUUCAAAUUCGCCACCAAGACUGUGAUAUAUUUGCUGAACCCCUGCCAUGUCAUGACCAUGGUUCAGAUCUUCCUGCUGGCCUGCCCGCCAUGCAAAACAGCGAUGGUUGUGUUUAGGCUGCAGGUCCAUAUGCUGAACGGAGCGUUACUGGCUUUAAUGUUCCCUGUAGUCAACACGAGACUGCUGCCAUUUGAGAAGGAGAUCUACUACAUCCAGCACUCCAUGCUGUACCUAGUGCCUCUUUACCUUUUCAGGAAAGGAGGUGUGUACAAGCCUGAGCCUCUGGGUGACAUGUGGUGGGCGCUGCUCUCCACCGGCAUCCUGUUCCUCUACCACUUCCUCUUCUUGCAGGUCCUUGGCCUGGCGACCGAGGUCAACCUCAACAACAUGCUGUGUCCGGCCGUGUCCGACCCCUUCUACGGGCCCUGGUACCGGGUGUGGGCGACGGGCCACCAGACCCUGCUGACCCUCCUCCACGGGAAGGUCCUCACGUUCCUCUCGCAGCACACGGGCUCCGCGUGCCGAUGCCUAAUGGACACGCUCCGACUGCGCAGCAAGAAGGUCGAUUGAAUGUCCGCGAGGACGCACUCAGACCUCCUAGCCUUUCAUUCUAAAUGCCUGCUCUCAUCACAGAGAUUUUUCUUUUCUUUCUUUUUUUUUUUUAAAUCAACAUUUUAACACGUCUUUUACAUCGGUUUUACUGAACCAAGUGAGCAUUUCAGGGCCAGUGAAUCAAUGUGUCAUUAUUUUAGCGUUGUAGUCGGCUUGCAUACAUACUUGCAUGCUCAAACAUAACGGGGCAUUGUAAGGCUGGUAGUUGGCAUAAUGGAGUUGGGACAGAUGGGGUUUUUUUUGGGGGAAUAUAAUUUCCAGAAACAUGUAAGUGAAUUUGUGGGACGUUUCUCAUGCUGCCUUUUUGUAACUGUAAAAUUUUUAAGGACAGGAAAUAGGAGUCACCCAGAUGUCACUACUGAUCUGCAGUUUGUUACACUUUCAGUUCUUUAUGCUGUAGUUUAUGCUUGAUCAUAUGUUAGUGCGUGAAGCUGCCAUUUUUCUUUGUCUCAUGUGCGUUUUGAAAACAGAUCGUGAAUGUUUGUAAAAGUUAUCGCUCGGUUAUAGUCGGAGGAUUUUUUGUUCAUCAUGUAAGAUCACCUCUCAGCGUUGUCAUGACUGAAAAUACAAAGGGCGUCGUUCUGUUCCAGCUUUGCUACACACAUGUACAGGGUAUGACAGCAUUAUUCGUGGCCUCUUUUUUUUGCAUUUCUGGCUCCAGCCCGCUCAGAUCAUUCCAGUUGUGAUAAUCAGGGGACACGAGGAUGUACUAUGCGCUGAGACUCAAAGUGAUGAAUGAGGACUUAUGGAUCUACACUGGGGUGUUACAAUUAUUACCUCUGGCGAGGAGGUUAUGUUUUUGUCCGUUAUUUUGUUGUAAUAUUGGACCAUACUCCGUUGAAUACAAACCUCAGUGCGCCGUUGGGAUGAAUGUGACGUUUGCCAAGAGAGAGAAGAUCUUGUCAAAAUACGUACUGUAUCUGGGCUGGAAUCAUGCAUCAUGACACUUGAAUUGUUGCUUGAUCCUCAAGUUAAUCUUACAAGGCACCCCGAAUCCACACCUGUGAUUCAACUGUGUGACAGCGAGUCACAGGCUCAGUUUAGUGUAAAAAAAAAAAAAAAAAGGAAAAGAAAAAGGAAAUGCAUCAGAUGAUCUGCAUGAAGUCACUUUGGGUCAUUUAUUGACGACCCAUUUGGAAGAAAGUAUUAACCAGCAUUGGCAAUUGGAAUAUUUCAGCCAUGGUGUAUAUCAUUUCAAGUGUUAGGGGUGUGUGUGUGUGUAUUACUGUAGCAUAUACUGUACUUCACUGUAAAGAAGGGAUAAGACAAACUUUUGUAUUUCUAUCGGUUCGAGUGUAUGUGCUGUAUUGACAAUAAAAAGUGAUUUCAGUCAA